AUGGUUAACAAGCCCAUGCGAUGCGCGAGCAAGGCCGCCGAGAGCGCGUCUGCACGUCUCUGUGCGGACGCCGAAGCAGGAACCGCAGAAAAAAAUGAUGUCUCAUCGGUUGCUGAAGCGACUCAGCCUGUGUCACCUGGUGAUGCAGGCGCUGGUCAUGAAGACACUCAUGUCUUCACAGAGUAUGAGCUCGGUGUCUCAUACUCUCCUGAUACGGAAGACGGAUCCGUAUCGACGGCGAUCGAAUCCAAGCCGCCUGCCGAGCGUGGCAUGGAUGAUGCUAUACGUCGCAGCAUCUUUGGUUCAUCUGAUACCCAAGUUAGUCACUACAUGCUUUGGUAG